UCUCCAGAUUCCAGGCACAAGAUGAAAGGCUCUGGUCUUCCCCUCUGCCUUCUCGCUGCUGUGUUUUAUCUCUGUUGGACAUCUUCGGCUGGCCUGAAGACACUCCAUCUGGGAAGAUGUGUGAUCACUGCAAAUCUUCAGGAGAUACAAAAUGGAUUUUCUGAGAUACACGACAGCGUGCAAGCCAAAGAUGAAAACAUUGACAUCAGAAUCUUGAGGAAGACCCACUCUUUGCAAGACACAAAGCCUGCAGAUCGGUGCUGCCUCCUGCGCCAUUUACUGAGACUCUACCUGGACCGAGUAUUCAAAAACUACCAGACCCCUGACCACCACACCCUCCGGAAGAUCAGCAGUCUUGCUAACUCCUUUCUUACCAUCAAGAAGGAACUCCGGCUCUGUCAUGCCCACAUGACAUGCCAUUGUGGGGAGGAAGCCACGGAGAAAUACAGCCAGAUUCUGAGUUACUUCGAAGAGCUUGAGCCUCAGGCUGCAGCGGUGAAGGCCUUGAGUGAGCUAGACAUUCUCCUGCGAUGGAUGGAGGAGACAGACUAGGAGGAAAGUGACAGCGCUGCUGAGAGUGCUCCUGGCCUAGAGUCCCACUCCUCAGAACCAGUGGAGGCUCCAUAGAAAACCACCAUCUCUCUGACAUUUAACGUGGUGCUAGUCACAGUGGAUGUUAUUUAUUUAUUAUUUACUUCCUUAUUGUGGUUGUCUCCAUGUGUUCCCAAUCUUAAUUUAGACCGUGGGGUUAUUAUAUUUUUGUAAUAUCUUUUCUAUUGUUGAAUAUCUUUAUUAGUUCCAUCUAUUUAUUUUUGCUAUUUAACUAAUUUAUUUUUGUACUUGAAUGAUGAAAGUUUUAUAAAAAAAAUCACAGAUUAUAUUUAUAACCUGACUAGAAGAGGUGAUGUAUUUUGACGUGGUAAACAAACCCUCUAAAUUCCAGAAGAGUGGCUAGGAGGUUUAUUCCUUUUUAUUUAUUAAAUGCCAAUGCUCUGUGAGAUAUUUGAAACUGAGCCAAUGGCUGCUUGGCAUGGGACAUGGGAAAAGAAGCUCUGACGUGAAACUACAGACGUGUCUUAACACUUACCUGACCACCCCACCCUAAACUUGUAUAUCUUCCAGCUAUAGAAUCCUGCA